GCUGCUUGCAUCACACCGUAAUUCGAUUCUUGGCUUUCAUUCCUUUCAGUUGAAUUCUGUUCUUGGAGCACUGCCACAAAUGGGGAUAACAGAAGCAUGCUCCAGGAUCAUUGGAGACUUUUUACAAUCUUUUAGACGUUCACAACAAGGCUCAAAUCCUCAAGCUGAUCACAAUAGUUCUCGCUGCUGCAAGCCCCAGAAUGUGCUCAAACUUGAUGACAAGAUGGUCAGUGCUCUUAUCACUGUCUUUGGCAUGCAAAACGACGGAAGGAUCAAGAAGGAAAACGCACGGCAAGUGGUAGAGAAGCUGGGUUUGCUAUAUGGUUCAGAGGAAGAGAAGCCAUCUGGGUUUGAGCUUCCUUGCCAUGGAGGCUUAGAAGAUGAAGAGGUUCCUGUAGAAGAAGUGCUCAAUGGAUUGGAAGAUAUGUCGAAGCGUAGCGAGCUAUUACACGAGGCCUUCAAAAUCUUUGAUGAAGAUGGAGAUGGAUACAUAGAUGCAAUGGAGUUGAAGAGGGUUCUGGAUUGCUUGGGUUUGGAUAAAGGUUGGGACAUGAGUGCCAUUGAGAAAAUGGUGAAUGUUGUAGAUUUGAACUUUGAUGGUAAGGUUGAUUUCGGUGAGUUUGAGUUAAUGAUGGGGUAGUAGCAGUUUAUUCAUUUUGCUUCUAGGAAUAAAAUUAUUAAUCAUCAGCCAAUUGUAUAUUACUUCUUUCACGGUUCUCUGAAUGAAAAUCUGGAGAUGGAUUGAUUAUUACUUUCCUGUUGAUUGAUCUGUUCACUUAUGGCCUGCCAGAAAACCCCAUUUUGUUCAUUCAUCAUUUAUAGUUUCUUAUUCCCUAGAAUUCCCACAUUUAAGCUGUACAAGAAGGGGGGUAAUUAUGAAACGCAAAGUAAGUACUUUCAAUUUAUACAGAAUAAAAUACAGCAUUAACCAUACUAUUUCAAUGGACAUAGAGAUUGGGGGGGGGGGG